AUGACCUCGGAUACCCGCCCUGACCUGGCAUUGCCCGCCGCAUGGUUCAACCCGGCUCGACCCCCUGUAUGCUGUGCACCGUGCCGUGCCGCGCGACGCGCGCCUCCUCUCGUUCUCCUUCUCUAUGUCUCACUCUACCCCUUCUGCGUUCUGAUUCGUCGGCGGUUCUGCGCCCCGCCCGGCAACGUCGCCGCCACCGCACUGUUGCUCGCCUGCCUGCCGCACAGAUCACAGCCGCCAUGCGCAGGCGCGACGUCGCUGCCGCUCGCUUUUCGUCUGUCCGUCGUCCGUCCAUCCGUCCAUCACUUUUCCGGAUGUUCUGCACGAGUCCUCCUCGACCGUUUGUCCAACCGAUUACGACAGAGCGCCCACAUUCGUUUUCCGCAGCACACCGUUGUUAACCCGUAG